GUGAGAGGGGGGAUUUGCUCAUGGAAAGAUCUCAGUAGGAGAUAAAGGCAUUAGACACAUCAGAGAGCGGGACACCAGGACACCCAGGCAGCACAUCCGAGGGAUGGGGAGAAGGGAUAGGCAGAUGGAUACAGAGUGAAGAUAAAAAAGGAGACAAGGGAGAGGAGCAGAGCAUAGGGCAGGGCUGAGGGACCACACGUUGCAGCCAUGCUGGAGAUCAGGGCUAUUGGGCACUUACGCUCCUGUGUGGUGGGACUUGGCUCUUGGGAAUCAGUCAGAUGUCUCAGGACUGAGGCCACAAGGUUCUCCACAGUUCAACUUGCUCAUGAUUCCCAAAGCCUGGCCCCUGCCAAAGCCCAGACCCUUCCCUUCAAAGAUAUUCCCUGCACUGGGCGGAACCCCUGGACCAACUUAGCCCGUUACUGGAAGAACAACAGCUUCCAACACUUGCAUCUUGUCAUGGAGGAUCACUUCCAGAACCUUGGACCCAUAUACAGGGAGAACCUUGGAACUCACAGCAGUGUGAAUAUCAUCCAUCCUCAUGAUGUAGCACGGCUCUUCCAAUCAGAGGGCAUAUUUCCACGCAGGAUGGGGAUCGGGGUGUGGGCAGCUCACAGGGACUUGCGCAACCACAAGUGUGGGGUCUUCCUGCUUAAUGGAGAGGAGUGGCGCUCAGAUCGCUUAAUCCUAAACAAGGAGGUGCUGAGCUUGGCUGGGGUGAAGAAGUUCCUUCCCUUUCUGGAUGAGGUGGCCAAUGACUUUGUGUCCUUUUUGAUGAGACGAAUCAACAAAAACACCCGGGGGACACUGACAGUGGACCUUUAUGCUGAUCUAUUCCGAUUUACAAUGGAAGCCAGCGGUUAUGUUCUGUAUGGGCAACGCCUUGGGCUCCUGGAGGAACACCCCAAUGAGGAUUCUCUUCGUUUCAUCCGAGCUGUUGAGACAAUGAUAAAAACCACGCUACCUCUGCUGUACCUGCCACACCAGCUCCUGCGCCUGAUGGACAGUUCCCUCUGGACUCAGCACAUGGAGGCUUGGGACAUUAUAUUCCAGCAAGCGGACAGAUGUAUCCAGAAUAUCUACCAAGAGUUCUGCCUCGGGCAAGAGAGGGGCUACUCAGGCAUCAUGGCUGAACUGUUACUGCAGGGAGAGCUUCCUCUGGAUUCCAUCAAGGCAAACGUGACAGAACUGAUGGCUGGAGGGGUGGACACGACAGCCAUGCCGCUCCUCUUCACUCUCUUUGAACUGGCCCGGAAUCCGUCGGUACAACAGGAACUCAGAGCAGAGAUAAAGAGAGCAGAAAGCCAGAAUCCAAAAGAUAUGAACCAGUUACUCAAUUCAAUGCCUCUUCUGAAAGGUGCCAUCAAAGAAACCCUAAGGCUCUACCCCGUAGGGAUCACAGUACAGCGUUACCCUAUAAAGGACAUUGUUCUGCACAAUUACCACAUCCCAGCAGGGACUCUAGUGCAAGUGGGUCUCUACCCAUUGGGGCGCAGCUCACAGCUCUUUCCCAAUCCCCUGCAUUACGACCCUGCUCGCUGGAUGCGCAGAGAUGAAACAAAUUUCAAGGCGCUGGCAUUUGGAUUUGGUUCUCGACAAUGCAUUGGCCGCAGGAUCGCUGAGACAGAGAUGAUGCUUUUCCUCAUGCAUAUGAUCAAGAACUUCCAGAUCAAUACUGUUAGUAAAGACGACAUUAAGACUGUUUUUCGAUUUAUUUUAAUGCCGGAAAAACCUCCACUUCUCACGUUCCGACCUGUAUGAACUCGAACGCAAGUUUCCCCAAGUUAGAGAGAAAUCAACCUACAGCAAAGAAUAAACCAGCUAAAUGGAGUUGAUCCCCUGAGAACAACCAUCCACUAACAAAUCUUCCAAAGUACCUCCCAAGAACAAUCGCCUGCAAGAAUUCAUCUCCCGAAAAGAUCCCACUAAGAUAAAUGAAUCUCCCAAUAACAACUCUCUAACAAGAA